GCUAAUUGCUCACUACAAGCUAUAAGCACAGUGUCUAACAAACAGUCGAAACAGAGGCGGCCACACAUGUCAAGACGACAAUGACCAGCAUCCAGACAGAGGUUCUACAGGUACUAUCACAGUACCCCAGUGGACUGAAGGUAUCCGACUUCACUGGUGCAUAUUACAAAUACCACAGAAGGCACCUCGUCCUCUCUGAACAUGGAUUCAAGAAACUGACAGGCCUUUUCAAUGACAUGAAGGACAAAGUAGAUAUUGAGGUGUCAGCAGGACAGGAGGUUGUCAAGGUUAAGUCAGAACGCCGCUCUCAAAACCAGGCAUUUCCUUACAAUCACCUUGACAGCCCGGAACACUCACCUGCAGCUGUCCCACCCGCCUAUCUACUGAGUCAGAAUUGCAUUCCAUGGGGGUUUGCACAGAAGUCAAACAAAGAUCCUAACAGUGGACCAGGAAGCAAGUCCUAUAACGAUGUCCUACGGCAAGGGAUUCAGACUCAGUCAAAGCCCUCUGGAUCAGUGCCUGUCUCAAUAAACUCAACACAACACACUUACAAACAAACCGAAUCCUUGAUCAGACUGAAAGAAUCCCUCCACGCCCUCAUGAGAAGGCACCCUGAGGGAAUGCCGUUGACCCAGGUCCGAAGAUCUUGCGCGUUGCUCCAUGAUCCUCAGCUGCUUGAGGGUUUUGCCUCCUGCAGGCAGCUCCUGGCCUCCCUCACUGACGUGGUGAGCCUGCAGGGCUUUGGUGUUCAAACCCAGGUUCUCCCCGCAGCUGCUCUGACACAGUUCCAGCAGGGCCACGCUCUCAACCCGAGCACACAAUUGACACAGAUAGGGGGAGAGGCAAGAAGAAAUCACUGAAAACAUUUCUCUUGGAUUCUUUAAAUCAGUCAUUACCUAUCCAAAAUCUACAAUUCAAUUGCCAGCUCAGUCCUGAACAUAUAACAUAUUCAUAAAUAUGAAUAAUUGUCAAAAUCAUACAUUUACCCAUCCAAGUUUUGAGAGGUACUAGCAACUAAUGACGAAUGUAAUUUAUCUAUAUUUUAGGUC